AUGUUCAAUGUAUUUGACUAUAGCAGCGCCAUGCGCCAAGCGACUGUUGUUCGCAAUCAACUCUGCGGAGACCCCUCAGAUCUAUUGGAUUCCUCUACUUCCAGCUACAAUAACGGAGUACAUCAAUACGUUAGUGAUUUUGGAAGUAUGGAAUAUUCACUUCAACAGCCUUCACACCUAACAAAUAAUAAUAACUCCUAUGUUUAUGCAAACGACAGCACAACUUACCAAUAUUAUCAAUAUUCCGGAAAUGUUCAUUCGCCCAACCAACAGUAUCUUGUUAGUGGAAAUCAUUCUCCAGGAUCAGCUGAUGAUGAACACAACACUAGCAUUCAACAUGCUACAAGAGCAUCUCCUGCAACGAUCCAAUGGUUGCUAGAUAACUACGAGCCUUCUGAUGGAACCUCCUUACCAAGAUGUACUCUCUACGAUCAUUACAAAAAACAUUGUAUGGAGUACAAGCUUGAUCCUGUAAAUGCUGCUUCUUUCGGAAAGUUGAUUCGCAAUGUUUUUCAAAAUUUGAGAACAAGGCGGUUGGGAACCAGGGGGAACUCCAAGUACCAUUACUAUGGAAUUCGAGUCAAACCCUCUUCCCUUUUGAAUCGUCAAAGACUCCAACUGGAAUACAAUAGCGAAGAACCCUGUGCUCCUCCUAGACAACAUUCUCGUCCAGUGAAACGUUCUGCUGCUUCUCAACCAUCAGUGAGUCCUCAUUCUACGAGCAGUCCGGUUCCUAAUCAUCCCAAUCCACUCAUCUUAAAUGAUAAUGCUAUCAUUGUUGCCUCUGAAAUGGAUAAGCAAUCUUUGGGUGUCGGAGAAUUACCGAACAUUGAGAUCGAUUUCCGGAUAGAGCUCGAAGAGGAGAUCCAGAAGCUUGGUCUUGAGCUUAGUCAUGUUUGCAAGUUCAUGGAAGCCUACAAAUUGAACUGUUCUGAUAUUCUGUAUUGUGUGAGGAACAUCGCUUUCGAUAAUGUCUCUCAUUACUGGACAACAUUUUGGCAAAGUGAUGACACCUUCUGUAGUAGUGAACCAAAAUUGGACAAACUUACUCGCCAACAGAUAUUUUCACUUUGCACAGUGCCGUGCAUCCAGUCGUUCAUCAUCAAAGUGGAUUUGGCUUUAUAUCAAGUUAUGGUUGAUAUCCUUAUUCCUGAUGUCUUGCUCUCAGAAAUGACUUCGCUUCUGAUUCAAGCCUGUCGCAGUUUCGCUAAGAACGCCGAGUCAUACUUGCGUAAAGCUAUGCGUGGGGCUCCCGAUGUUAUCCAGAAGAAAAAAAUUCAAGCCGUGAAGUAUAUGACCCAAGCUUUGCGGAGGUAUACAUCAUUGAAUCACCUAUCACAAGCAGCCCGCACUGUUCUUCAUAAGCCUGAUCAGGUUGCAGCCAUGUAUUCGGACUGCGUCAAAGUUGAUAUUGCUCAAGUCCAAGAACAAGCUGGUUGGGUGUGUGGUUGUGACAUAGUCAUAAUCAAACAAAUCCAUAACGGUUUCAAGGAGAACUUGCAAAAAAUGGUUGGAAUGAACCAUUGGGCUGAUUGGAUGGACGCGAUUGUAGAACAGAACGUACCCGUAUUAACUAACUAUCACGGGAAGACUGUUCGGGAAGUGACGAAAAUAGCCAAAAAGUUUUUGCUUCAUUGGAGUCUAUACACAUCCAUGCUCAUUCGCGAUUUGACUUUGCGAUCAGCGAACUCAUUCGGAUCAUUUCAUCUAAUUCGAUUAUUAUCGGAUGAAUACAUGUUAUACUUGAUUGAAUCGAAGUUGGGAAAAGCAUUCAACAAGCCAACCAUAUCUGUGAUGACACUGCCAACUGAUUACCCGAUUUUCGACGACCUCGAUGAUCAAGAAGAUAUAAUUCUGCAAAUGCCAUCAGCACUCCCUCCAAUUUCUCUGAACUCUAUAUAUAUGCCUCAUGAUUCUAUCUUAUAUGGUGAUAAGGUAGGAUUUUCUUUUAUUCUCGGAGGAGAUGAGCACAUCAACAGUCCUGUAGUUGUGACUGACAAUGGAGAUAUGUUGACUGCCUUGCCUUCAUCAAAUGAACUUUUAUAA